AGGCCCAACAUUGUGCUGCUGAUGGCGGACGACCUUGGGGUGGGGGACUUGUGCUGCUACAGUAACAACACAGUGAGCACACCGAAUAUCGACCGCCUGGCAAACGAGGGCGUGAGGCUCACCCAGCACUUGUCAGCUGCUUCCGUAUGCACCCCGAGUCGGGCUGCCUUCCUGACGGGCCGGUACCCCAUCCGAUCAGGAAUGGCAUCUCGCUUCAACCUGAACCGCGAGCUCACCUGGCUCGGAGGCUCGGGUGGUCUGCCCGCCAAUGAAACGACUUUUGCCACACUGCUGCAGCAUCGCGGCUACCGCACGGGGCUCAUAGGCAAGUGGCACCAGGGUUUGAGCUGUGCCUCUCGGGAUGAUCACUGUUACCACCCCCUCAACCAUGGGUUUGACUACUUCUACGGGCUGCCCUUUGGCCUGAUAAGCGAUUGUCAGACGUCCAAGACUCCAGAGCUGCACCGCUGGCUCAGGAUCAAACUCUGGAUCUCCACGGUGGUGCUCAGCCUCGUCCCCCUCCUGCUCCUCAUCCCCAAGUUCGCCUGCUGGUUCGCCGUUCCGUGGAAGGUCAUCCUCACCUUCGCUCUUCUUGCCUUCCUGUUUUUCAUUUCCUGGUACUCCAGUUACGGGUUUACUCGGCGUUGGAACUGUAUUCUUAUGAGAAACGAUGAUAUCAUCCAGCAGCCGAUGCGGGAGGAAAGAGUGGCUUCCCUAUUGCUGAAGGAGGCACUUGCCUUUAUCGACAGGUAUAAACGCAGCCCCUUCCUCCUCUUUGUGUCCUUCCUGCAUGUCCACACUCCACUGAUCACCAAAGAGAAGUUUGUGGGGCACAGUAAAUACGGACUCUAUGGGGAUAAUGUCGAAGAAAUGGAUUGGAUGGUGGGUAAGAUCCUGGAGACCCUGGACCAGGAGCACCUGGCCAACCACACGCUGGUGUACUUUACCUCAGACAACGGGGGUCGCCUGGAGGUGCAGGAAGGCGAGGUCAAGCUGGGUGGUUUCAAUGGGAUCUACAAAGGUGGCAAGGGGAUGGGCGGAUGGGAAGGGGGCAUUCGUGUCCCAGGAAUAUUCCGGUGGCCGACAGUCCUGGAGGCUGGGAAAGUGAUUGACGAACCAACGAGCCUAAUGGACAUUUACCCGACACUGUCUUAUAUAGGUGGAGGGAUAUUGCCCCAGGACAGAGUCAUCGAUGGUCGGAACCUAAUGCCCCUGCUGGAAGGCAGGGUGUCCCACUCGGAGCAUGAGUUCCUCUUCCAUUACUGUGGGGUCUACCUGCACACAGCCAGGUGGCAUCAGAAGGACUGUGCAACAGUGUGGAAGGUCCAUUACGUGACCCCCAAGUUCUCCCCAGAUGGAGCUGAUGCCUGCUAUGGGAGUGGAAUCUGUUCGUGUUCUGGAGAUGUCACCUACCACGAUCCUCCCCUGCUCUUCGACAUCUCCAGAGACCCUUCUGAGGCCCGACCUCUUAACCCUGACAAUGAAGCAUUGUUUGACUCUGUGGUCAAGAAAAUCGAGGCGGCCAUCAAAGAGCAUCGCAGGACACUCACACCUGUCCCACAGCAGUUCUCGGUGUUCAACACCCUCUGGAAACCAUGGCUACAGCCCUGCUGUGGGACUUUCCCCUUUUGUGGGUGUGACAAAGAAGAUGACGUCCUUUCCACUGCUCGGUGAGUGGAAAGGGGACACUUGUUACCCACCACCAACACACUGUUACAGAGGUCAUGGGAAGAACUCUCAGCUGACUCAUUCAUUCCAUGUGGGACAAAUAAUUAUGCCCUCCACCAUUUUUUUUUAAGCCCUCAGAUUUCAGUUCUUUCUUCAAGUCAUGGUCCAGGAGCUCAGUGAAUUGAAAGUGGACCUGGACACCAGUGCACCUAGAGUAGAGCAUUUGUGGUGUCAUGUCUUUAUAUACCGUGUCAUUGUUCAAGCAAAAAGAUAGACCAAGGUGACCUUCUGCAGAUUCUUAUGGAUCUGUGGUUCUUAGAAGGUGAUUAGAAGUGGUAGGUCUGAUGGCAUUGUUUUUAUGCGGUUAUGGUAGAAACUUCUACUUGCGGAUCCUCAACCCAGACAUCUUAUUUUUGUCAUCAGUGAUGAUAAGUAUUUUGUUUCAGCCUGAAGCAGACAGUGUACGUAACACUGGAAGUGAUGUCAUACUCAUUUCCACUCCUUGAUUUCCUGUCUUUUCAUUUUUCCUUCUCUUCCUGUCUUACAAAAUGCCUCUCUACAGGUCUUGGGUCUUCUUCCUGUUAACCUUUGAUUGGGGAGGACUUGUUGCGUCUUGGUGUUUUUAUGUGCAA